CCACCGUUGAUUUACGAGGACCUCCAUUAACGGUUCAUGUGCGGUGCAGCAGAUCAAGCCUAUCCUGUUGCUAUAAAUUUUGAAGCCGAAACCCUAAAUUCGAUCCCUUAGCUUCUUAACAACUUUCUCUGUGAGUUCUAGCGUUGCUGCCGGCGAAAGAAAUCACAUCAGUUCGCAAUGGCGGUCUCAUUUAGCGAUGUCAAGUCGGCAGCUGGUCUCCAAAAGCUCGACGAGUACCUGCUCAGUCGUAGUUACAUUUCUGGGUAUCAAGCUUCGAAAGAUGAUAUCGCUGUUUACGAAGCUCUCUCCAAGCCCGUUUCCAGCGAAUAUGUCAACGUAUCUAGAUGGUAUAAUCAUAUCGCAGCACUCGUGAGAGCCUCUGCUAGUUUUGGAGAGGGUUCUGGCGUUAAGUUCGACUCAGAUGCAAUCGCUACCCCACCGGCUGCCGAUGCUAAGGCUAGUGCUGAUGACGAGGAUGAUGACGACGAUAUGGAUCUGUUUGGCGAAGAGACUGAAGAGGAGAAGAAGGCUGCUGAGGAGCGUGCAGCUGCCGUCAAGGCUUCUGCAAAGAAGAAAGAGAGUGGAAAAUCAUCAGUUUUGAUGGAUAUCAAGCCUUGGGAUGACGAAACUGACAUGAAGAAACUUGAAGAGGCUGUAAGAAGCGUUCAGAUGGAGGGAUUGCUUUGGGGAGCAUCCAAACUCGUCCCUGUUGGAUAUGGUAUUAAGAAACUACAGAUAAUGCUCACAAUUGUUGAUGACCUUGUGUCGGUCGACAAUCUCAUUGAGGAAUACUUGACAGUUGAACCCAUUAACGAGCAUGUUCAGAGUUGCGAUAUUGUUGCCUUCAACAAAAUCUAAGAUUGAGCUUUUUGUCAAGUCCAAGAUCCUGAUCAUCAUUCAAAAGAUGAGGUCUAGUAGUCUAUGCAAGAAUGAGUUUUGUUAUUUGUUCAGGACUUUAUCAUGCCUAUUUCUUGUCUUUACUUUUCAAACUUGAUUUGGUUCAAUUUGCCAUGAAGUCAUAUAUUUUUGGUGUUCCUUCAUUUUGUCUUAAUGACCUCUCGUGAUACACUAAGGUUAUGAACUUAAUGAUGAUAUGAAAAUGAGAAGGAAAGAUGGUCAAAUAGAGUCAGUGCCCUUACUAAAUGGUUUUAAUGAACUGCAUCAUAGAUUA